ACAUAAAAGGGAAAAAGGAAAUCAGAAAAUUCGAAAGUCCAAAGGCUUUCGAGAGAAGACUUGGAAGGAGGAGGAGACGAAGAAGCCCGCGCCAACACUCUUCCAGUGGAAGCCAUUGAAUCGGUCUAUAAAUUUACUUAUAUAACCCAUUUGUCUUCCGGACGACGAGGACGAGGAAGACGUGUGAAAUGGCGGACAAACUCAAAGUCUACGAACUGCGAGCCAAACUCGCCGACCGCGGACUCAGCACUGACGGAGUCAAGGCUGUUCUGGUGGAGAGGCUCGAAGAGGCUCUUCGAGAAGAGAGCAAGAAGAAGGCGGCGCCGGAGGGUAAGAAGAGAAGCCGAGAAACUUCGGACGGGGACAACGGUUCGAACAAGGUCAUCGCCAUUGACGAGUUUCGUCGGAUGAGUGUUAAGCAAUUGCGCGAGGAAGCUAAUCGGAGAGGGUUAGAGUCAAAGGGAACCAAAAAGGAUAUACUUGAGAGGCUUUGCGAUGAUGCGAAUAAUGGGUUGAAUUCUUCUGGUAAAUCCGAUGAUGCGUCGGCUAAGGUGGGAGACAAAGACAAGGAUGCUAAAGAAGAAGCGGAAGAAGAGAAAAUUGUAACAGCAACAAAAAAGGGCGCGGCAGUAUUGGAUCAAUGGCUUCCUGACCAUAUAAAGAGUCAGUAUCAUGUUCUACAACUGGGUGAUGAUGUUUAUGAUGCCAUGUUAAACCAGACAAAUCUCAAGGACAACAAUAACAAGUUCUUUGUCCUACAAGUCCUGGAGUCAGAUAGUAACAAGGCAUACAUGGUUUACUUUAGAUGGGGAAGAGUUGGCGUGAAGGGUCAAAGUAAGUUAGAUGGUCCCUAUGGUUCACCAGAUCGUGCAGUAUCAAUGUUUACAAACAAGUUCUUUGAGAAAACAAAGAACUGUUGGUCCGACAGAAAGGACUUUGUGUCUCAUCACAAGUGCUACACAUGGCUGGAGAUGGACUACAGCAAAGAGGAAGCGGAUCCAGUCAAUGAUAUGCCCAAAUCAUCUUCAGAAGUCAAACCUCAGGAAACAAAACUUGAUCCUCGGAUUGCUAAGUUCAUCUCUCUCAUAUGCAAUGUCGGCAUGAUGGCACAGCAGAUGAUGGAGAUAGGUUAUAAUGCUAACAAGUUGCCACUCGGGAAGCUAAGCAAGUCGACUAUUUCAAAGGGUUAUGAGGUGUUGAAGAGAAUAUCCGAGGUAAUCAACCGGCAAGAUAGGGUGAGGCUCGAGGAACUGAGUGGAGAGUUCUAUACCGUGAUACCUCAUGAUUUUGGUUUUCGGAAAAUGCGUGAGUUUAUUAUAGACACGCCCCAGAAGUUGAAACAGAAAUUAGAAAUGGUUGAAGCCUUAGGUGAAAUUGAAGUGGCAACAAAAUUGCUGUCAGCUGACGCUGGAUUGCAGGAAGAUCCUUUAUAUUAUCAUUACCAGCGCCUUAAUUGCGAUUUGACACCAGUACAAGCUGAUACAGAGGAAUUCUCCAUGAUUGCCAAGUAUAUGGAGAACACUCAUGCAAAGACGCAUUCAAGAUACUCAGUCGAGAUUGCUCAAGUAUUCAGAGCAUCGAGAGCUGAUGAAGCUGAUCGCUUCAAAAAGUUCUCCAGCUCAAAGAACAGGAUGUUACUGUGGCAUGGGUCGCGUCUUACAAAUUGGACUGGCAUUCUAUCUCAAGGACUUAGGAUUGCUCCUCCGGAAGCACCUGUAACAGGUUACAUGUUUGGGAAGGGGGUCUACUUUGCUGAUAUGUUCUCAAAAAGUGCCAAUUAUUGCUAUGCUUCUCAGUCUCUGAAUGAUGGUGUGCUUCUCCUAUGUGAGGUUGCUUUGGGUGACAUGGCUGAGCUUCUCUACGCAAAUUACAGUGCUGAUAAAUUGCCCCCUGGAAAGCUAAGCACAAAGGGUGUAGGCAAAACAGCACCAAAUCCCUCGGAAGCUCGGACUCUAGAGGACGGUGUUGUCGUUCCUCUUGGAAAUCCAGUUGACCAGUCCGGCCCCAAGGGGACGUUGCUGUACAACGAGUACAUAGUCUACAACGUGGAGCAGAUAAGGAUGCGGUACUUGAUCCAAGUCAAGUUCAAAUACACUUAUUGAACACUUCAUCUCCAACUCUUCCUUCUCCUUCUCUUUUCUUGCAUAACCUUACCAACUUAAAACUGGUACGAGGUUCCUCCUUGACUCUUGUGAUUGUCUCCUGUUUCUGCCCCUUUCCUAUUUUCUCACAUGCCCUUUUCUGAGAGGAUGAAUGGUGACCAAAGUCGAGCAGAUGCAUUGGUUUUGUCGCUUUAAAAAACCUUGUAUGAUUGUAUUAUGUUUUUUUACCUUGUAUCGAACUUUUGGCCUAACUACAUCUCUCAAAUGUUGGAGAUAAUUUGUAUACUGCAAUUAAAUUAUAUAUCUCCUCUCUGACGAUCAUUUGAACAUGAAACAAAGGUAUCCUUAUCUU